UAAAGCAAUAAAACUACCUAUUAAGGAUUUGUUUGGAUUAUUUUUGUGAAUUAUCGAUGAAUAUUCUAAAGUGUGAUUAACUGGAUACCUGCCGAUUAGCUAGACACGUCUUGGUUCUUAAAGUAACCUGAUCAUCCCAGUAUUCACCAUAAUCCGUAGAUCGUUCUUUGUAAGAUGAGCCGAAUUUAAAGGGAAAAUUUAAUUUUGUUACCUCAAUAUUAUAUAAAAUGCUGUAGCUGUCCUUGAAUCAGACAGAAGCUUAACCAUUUAAACGCAGGAGCAAGUAUUAGAAAGCUGCAAAGAGAACGCAAACUUACAAGUUUGACAAUUUAAGAAAAGCAUCGUGUUCAAAUCUAGUUUGUUACAUUUUUUAAUAUUUGAAAAAAAUCCUAACACUGAGAAUGCAGCAUUUUCCUUAUCAUUACCACAAUGAACAGUUGGCGUGUCUUAGGAAUUACCAGCUUGGAUUAUUAGCUGCUAACAGUCAGUCUAACUCUUCUUUGUUCACCAUAGAGAACAUUCUAUCUCCUAGACCUGUCCAGCAUCCACCUAGACCGACUCCAUUUCAACUACCAAGUAUGUCACAACUGCAGAGAGACUGCUUUGUACGGUAUCACUACCCUUUCCAUGGGUUUUUGAAUGCCCUCGACUUGGAGAAAAUGGGACAGAAACGUAAACGGAGACACAGAACAAUCUUCACAGAAGAACAACUUGAAGAACUUGAAGGAACAUUCAAUAAAACCCAUUACCCGGAUGUGAUGUUGAGGGAAGAACUGGCCAUGAAAGUAGAGUUGAAAGAGGAAAGAGUAGAGGUAUGGUUUAAAAACAGAAGAGCAAAGUGGCGAAAACAAAAGCGUGAGGAGGAAGCUGCAAAACAAAAGACAACCAAAACAGAGACAAAAACACAAAAAUGUGAAACCGUAGUUAAUGAUACAAACCCCUCAAAUGAGGAGAUGGGAGAGGAUAUGACAAUCUCCGUAGAUGACGAGGAAAGUAUUGUGUCAGACAGUCGGUUAUGUUCAAGUUCAGACGAGGAGUGUGGGGACAAUGCAGCCUCCAUUCCAGAUAAUGACGUCACAACAGGAAGUGAUUUAAAUCCACAUCAUGGCAAAUUUCCAUUAAAUUCAGUAUAUGAAAGGACAGAGAAUGGAAAUUUACCGGAUAAAACAGACAGUCAGGAUGUUAAAACAAUGUGUAAUUCAUGAUUUGGUUUUUUUUUCUGGACACAUUAUCUUGUAGUCAUCAUUUAAUAUCCUUGAACACUCUUUAACGGACAAUUUUCCGCUUGGCACUUCAAGAUAAAAUAUCUAGUCUUCGUAAAUUACAAACUAAUUUGCGAUACAGCUAAUAUGCAUAUAGACAUGACUAAAGUGAAUGUGGAAAUGUUUAUGUCGUGAAAGAGACCAAAACUUAAUGUGAAAACUUGUAUUAAAUCAUAUUCAAAUCUAUAAUAAAAAUCAAGAAAAUA